AUGUCGAUCGGUGUUCCAAUUAAGGUUCUGCACGAAGCAGAAGGUCAUGUUGUGACCUGCGAAACCACAGCCGGCGAAGUGUAUAGAGGAAAACUCGUCGAAGCCGAAGACAACAUGAAUUGUCAGAUGUCUAACAUAACCGUGACCCUACGUAAUGGCCAAGUCGAGCAGUUGGAGAAUGUUUACAUCAGAGGGAGCAAAAUCAGGUUCUUGAUUUUGCCGGACAUGUUGAAAAAUGCCCCAAUGUUUCGUAAGGUCCAAGGCAAGGGUGGUGGUGCCGGCCGUGGAAAAUCAGCCAUCCUCCGUGCGCAGGCUGCAGCGCGAGGUCGCGGAAGAGGACGAGGUGGAGAUCGGGGUGGCGAUCGUGGUGGUUAUCGAGGAGGUCGCGGUGGACGCAACUAG